AUGAAGAACACACCAUCGAUGCCGCGGCCCCCCAUCACGCAGCUCCGGCCACUGCAUUCUCACCAACAGUCUUCCGACCAAGAGCUGGAAGCACCAUUGUCAGAAGUACAAUAUCGUCUUGACCAUGAUCCUCAACUGCUGCACCGGCCAAGCCCUCUCAAACCAAGACCCGACGAGGACACAACCAUCAAAGCCUUUGUAAAGCUCGUCUCCCGCAUAGUGAUCCUCGACCCUGGCGAGGCGUACUGUAUCCAAGACUCGGCACGCGGUGGCUUCAUCUUAGCUCGUUCCGUCAGCGCAGGCCCCGACGAGGAGGAGGAAGGAGCCUUUAGCUUCAUUGACUGCGAGGAUGGUCAUGACAUUCCAACUGACUUUUCGAUUGGUGAGGGAAAGGCCUUGCAGCUUCAUAUCGAUGUGAUAACCAAACAAGUACGGUUGACCGCGCAGGCCAAUAUCAUACCUUCGGCCGCUCUCGAGGCUCUGGGUCGCAUGCUGGACGACCUCAUCCUCGGUCUGCAGCAAGAUCAAGGCCAGACCCCUGCCUUUGUUCCCCCAGGAGCCGAGCUGCUCAAACAGCCUGCGGGACCAAGGGAGACGGCCCUGGACUUUCUCGUGUGCCUCGAACGCGGCAAGAGAAUCAAGUAUACAUAUCAGCAGGUGGAAAACACAGCCAACGCGCUGGCGGCUAAGCUGGUUCGCACAUGUGCACGGUCACAGUCGCAACCGUCCAUCAAGACCGUUGCCGUGCUCAUGGGACCCUGCCCAGAGCUGUACAUCAGCUAUCUGGCUGCUCUUAAGGCCGGCAUGGCCUUCUGUCCCAUUCCCGUGGACGCCCCUGAAGAGAGAAAGGGGGCGCUGAUAGCAGAUCUGAAGCCAGCUGCUCUUGUCGUGGCCGCAUCAACGCAGCCCGGCAUGCGACGUCAAAUCGGAAAGACACUCAUUUCCAUCAUCAUCCGCGGCGGAGACUGA